GGGAGCAGGAGGCAAUAACCCGUCGUCGCCGGCACAACCUGGUCCAGACAUGGCAUCCCCGCUGCCUCUCGCCUGUCUGAUCGUUCUGUCCCUGUGGGCAAUAAAUGAAGUGUCCGGGGCCAACGUUUCUCCGUCCGACUGCUGCCUGAGAGUCAAAAACAAAGUCAUUCCCCGACAGAACGUCAAACACUUUUUCCUGCAGGACGAGUCCAGCGGCUGCAGCAUCAAGGCCGUCGUGCUGGUCACUCGUAGGAACAGACACCUCUGCGUUCCCCACCACGUCGAGUGGGUCAAAAACAUAAUGGAGGACGUCCAACGCCGCAGAGCACGGAAAAAGCGUCACAACCAAAGCUGCGAGAUCCGAUCAGCCUAACAGCCCCCCCCCCCCACCGGGGGA